GGAUGGAGGAAAAUAGCAAGGUUUAUUUCCUAGAAGAUUUUUUAAUACCAUCUUUAGAUAAAGAAAGUUUCAAAAAUAAAUUAAAAUGGAAAAAUAGAUCAACUGGAAUAUUUCAAAUAUAUUGGCCAGACAAUCGAAAGCAUAACAAUGAUGACAGUGCAGAUUGCUGUUUAGAAGUUUAUCUGGCUUGGCUAAGGAUGAAAAGAUCUGGAAAUCAAAUAAAAUGCAAAGAUAUUUUUAGAAGUGCUUUAUAUUCCAAAGAAAAAGAUGGAGAAUUAAAAAGAUGUGGUGAUCAAGGAAAUUAUCGUAUAUAUCAAUUUACAGAAGAUGUGAAGAAAUAUAAAACUGCAUUAAUUUGCCAAAAUACUCCAACAUCAAAUUCAAAAGAUGAUGUUAUAAAUUUUCUACAUUUGGUUUCAUUUGAUGCUUUAUUAGAUAAUUAUCUUAAUGAAGAAUUCAAGAAUGAUAAGUUUGAAGAUUUAGAAUUAGAAAUAAAUUCUUCUGAAUUUAGUGAGGUGAGAAUGGAUUUUUGAAAAACUUUCUUUUAAAGUCUAAAAAUUUUUACUUAAUAAUAUAUACAUACAAGAAUGAGUUAUUGAAAUUGGGACCAAGGUAACUCAGUGGCGUACUGUGGGUGUCAGCCGCCAGGGGCAGAGGAAAAUUUCGGCCUCCUUUUAUUUAGGUAUUUCAAUUUAAAAGACCAAAAUUCAGUUUUGUCACAGAACAAGCAGUGAAAAAUUCGGUGGUAG